AUGACAGAGAAUCGAGAAAAUCGACGAUAUUUUGAUGAUGAAGAAUAUGAUAAAAUUAUGAUUCCGAUUUAUGUUAUUUGCGAUUUCGCAAAAAUACCGGAUUAUCGAUUUGUGCUGAAUGUAAGCGAAGAUGACAAUUUUGCCGGAUUUCAGGACAUGAUUCAUCACAAAACCGCCAAUACUCCUGAUGUUUUCCACGCCGCCUUAGAUCCAUAUGAACAAAGAUUCAUCCACAACGGCUUUUUCGUCGCCACUCCAGCGAAGUACAGAGACAUUUUGCAAACACAUCUAAAAAAUUUCAUCGAGCCGCAUCUUGAAAGCCGAUUCAAGGAGUACGAAGAGACCGCUGAUCAAAGACCUCAAACAAUUUCAGAAGAAGAGCUUUUUGAAAGAAAGAAAAAUUUUCUUUACGCAGGAGCUCCGGCUUUGAAUAUUUAUCUAACAACCAGACAAAAAGUGACUUCUGAAGCGUCUGAAAGAGAGCGAAGCUUGAUGGACUUUACUCUCGUCAAACGAAAAUUCAUUCUUUGCUACGCUCUCUACCAAAAUGUGGUUGAAUGCUUUGAAAAUUUCAAAAAUCCAGAACAAGCGCAGUGGGAGUCUCAAAAUCGACGAUUCAUCAAUCCAGAAGAUUUGCUCGCGGAUAUCAACUUCAAGCACGAAUAUUACGACUGGCAAGAAAACGAGCCGACUGUAAUUCAAUUCGGAGAGCUCAUCGAGCGAGUUGCCGACAAUUUCAAUCAAAUUGCUGAAAUGAUCAAGGAAGCAUGCGCCGAAUUGGACAAAGAAAAAGUUGAAAAUGACGAUGAAGAGUUUCUAGACGAAGAAUAUCAAACAACGAUCAAAAGAAGAAAGUUCAAAAUUCAAUUGAUGAUGGAUGGAAUGAGAUACAUGGCAACUUUGAAUCAGAAUUUGGCGAAUUUCAUUGUCCCACUUCAUGAAAGACCGACGGAAUUGCAGCCGAGAAUGCUCAAAUAUCGAGACAUGCAUUGA